CUUUGGUCUGCGUCGUCUUUUGCAUAUAUCAUAUGAAAGACCAGGAUGUGAGACAUCUCGCUUGCAAAGUAUUUAGGCCGAGGUACCGGCGAGCUUCGUACCUUGGUACCGUCACCAUCUCCUAUUGCAACCCUAUUGUCUCUAGGAUAUCUUACCUUCCGUUAUCGAGGGGUAAACAAGACACUCACAAGGAACAUGGGUGAAGUCGAGAACAAGUUAUCCUCUUCUCCUCGCCUUGAGAUGGUCAAUUAUGAAAUUAAACCUCAUACCACGGACGUGGACCUCCUUCCACUCCUUCGUGCCGGCUUCUCGUCUCUGGACCUGGACUCCUCCAUGAUCAAUUCCACCAAUACCCGAAUACAGCGUCUGGAUAUCGAAGUGCAAUCUCGUCAAAAGGAAAUCGCUUCGAUCCAAUCUGUUCUACAACGUCUUCAAGAGGAGUGCGAUCACACCGUGACCGAUCUCUGAUAAUAAAUCACUAUUGUCCCCUAUCCGACGCGUA